AAACACCUUUCUAAUAACUUUGAUAAAGUUUGCAAAACUAGCUGGUUACCGACACAAAUUGCGAUUAGAAAAUUCUUCUACUAACAUGGAUGUGUUCAUGAAUAUGAAGCACCUUGUGUAAGAAGAACAUUUUCCUUUAAACUACAACAGCACUUAACAAGAAAUAACGAUCGAAAAGAUGGAGUAUAACAUAACUACAUGGCCAUUCAGAGAAAACCCAUGGAGUUCCAAGUUAAUUUGUAACAAGUUAUUAGUGAAAUGGACAGAAGGUGUUUAUGCGACGUGCGUAGCAUCAACAGUAUUGGGUUUCAUAUCAGCCUAUAUUUUGCCCGUAUUCCUAAUUAUAUCAUUUAUCAUUUAUACUACACUGACUAGUGUGUUAAUUGCAUCCAAUCAUAAAACUAGAUCGUCGAUUUACUUCCUUGGAUCACUGAUAUCAAAUAUACUUGUCAGUAUAGUGUAUGGCUUAUUUUGGUUUUACUUAACCAAAGGAUUACCGUAUGCAACAAAUGGUGAUAAAUAUUUCUUCUUGUUGUAUGUGUCCAUAGAUUCGUGUAAAUUUUUCCGUUUUUGGCAUUCGUUUUCUUCAAAUCUUAUGUGUAACUUUCUAUUGUGUGCAGCGGUUGAUCGUUAUCUAACUGUUUAUUUCCCGACAAAAUUCUCAAACCUACCAAACAAGUUCGCUUGGUAUGCUUUCGGUACAGUGUGGCUCAUAAGCUUUCUUAUGACAAUUCCAUUUGCAAUCGUCAGCAGCUUGCUUGCUGUUGGAGGAAAGCUUCAUUGUUGGGUUACACCGGAGAGUAUCUAUUCUUUAUUUUACAAUGCUUUGGUAACAAAUAUGGGACCUGUACAACUAUCCAUCACCAUAACCAUAAAUAUCAUGUUUUUCGUACGCAUACGCAAACAACUGCGACAAAUGAGCACAAUGAAAAACACAACUGCGACGGAUCGUAAACAACUUCAAACUUUGACAUUUCUAAUAAUAUUUUCUGCAUCCUAUGCAGUGUUUGGUGUUCCACAAAGUGUUGUGUACAUCAUAAACAGAGCUACUGUACUGGGUUUCAUUGAUGCUAAUUCUGAUUUGUGUCAAAACAUUGGUGAUAUAAUAUGGACUUUGUUCUUCUGUAGAAGUUUGUUUGAUAUUGUAUUGGGUUACUUUUAUUUUCAACCAGUACGCGAAACAUGCUUAACUGUUUACAGAGGUUGUGGAAAGUUGAAGAACAAGAGCUCCACUUUGAACUCCCAAUUUUCAACAUAUCAGCAGCGAUCAUAACGGAAUGCUUAUAAAAUAUACUUCAAUAAUGAGUAAACAUAAAUAUUCAAGUAAUUGAACAAUGACAUACAAAUCAAUUUAUAGUAUGAAGAAACAAUCAAACAGAGAGUCCAUUUGAGUCAAGAUGAA